AAGAACAUAAAAUAAAAAAUAAAUUAUCCGUUAAUAAAAUAACACGUGUAAAAGACAGAGAAAAUCUUGGAAGUUUCUCGAGGAAAGACGUAACAACGUAGUAGCUUCGCCUGGUGGUUUCCUUUCUCUCUUUCUUUUUAUCUUUCUCAACUCCCAAACAACCAAACUCUUUCCAUUUUCUCUUAUUAUUCCUCUAACCUUCUAAAAUUGCAUCUUUCUUCUUCUUCUUCCACUUUCAUUUUUUUUGUUCUGUUAUUAUUAUAGUUAAUAAUUAUAUUAAUUGUGGUCUGGUGAAGAUAAUUCAACCAUGGCGGUGGAGACCAACGGCGAAUUAUCUGCCGCCGACUCCCAAAAGCCAUUACCGACACCGUUCUUGACCAAGAGUUAUUAGCUGGUCAACGAUCCCACCAUUGACGACGUCAUCUCUUGGAACUACGACGGAUCUACCUUCAUCGUUUGGGAUCCGACUGUUUUUGCAAGAGAUUUGCUCCCAAAAUAUUUCAAGCACAAUAACUUUUCCAGCUUUGUUAGACAACUCAACACCUAUGGAUUUAGGAAGGUUGUUCCUGAUCGGUGGGAAUUCUCGAACGACUUCUUUCGCAAAAACGAGAAACAACUCCUAUGCGAAAUACAACGCCGAAAAAUUGCAACACCUACGCCGACAGUAGCGGCAAUCCCUACGGCAAGGCCUAUAAUAUCGCCGUCGAAUUCGGAUGAAGAGCAAGUAUUUUCCUCUAACUCGUCAUCGAUAAUAGCUCCCACGGAGCUCGUAGAUGAGAAUGAGAGGUUAAGGAAGGAGAACCAGCAGCUCAAGAAAGAGUUAGCGGAAAUGAAAACUCUCUGCAGUAGUAUCUUCAAUAUGGUUUCGAACUAUGCUUGUGUUCAAUCCCAUAGCAGUUUUCAAACAGAGGAAUUUCUGGAAAUGAAACCACUUGUUUUGAUGCCUGGAAAGCGGUUUGGCGACGAAAUCGACGUAACUUUAGGUAUCAAACGAGCUAGAGCCGACGACGGUGAAGAAGUGGCGGCGGCGGUGGUGGUCGAGAAUGCGAUGGAUCUACGGUUGCAGCAGCAGCCAGCUGGAGUUGAGGUUAAAUCAGAGCCGUUAGAUGUAGAUCAUCAGGACAAACCGUGGCUUAAACAGUGCCACAGAGCUAAUCAAAGAGUUUGUAAUUGAUGAAGAGCAGCCAGUUUGUCGUUCUAAUAUUAUCCGAAGUCCCGUACAAAGGAGAGGCACGUGCCGAAUGGGUCACGUGCGUCAACUUUGUUUCAAGAAGUUUCUCGGACUUACUUGCCGAACCCUUUUAACCCUUUCUAGAAAGACAGCUCCUUUUUUUUUUUUUUUGUAUAAUUUCGACAAAAAGGUUUCUGCCCACGAAAUUAGUUUUUUUUUUUUUGUAUUAUGAAAUUGAUGGCCCCAGCGUAAGCCUAGGUAGGCUAUUGUUGUUGUUGAUAGUUGAUUCAUACUAGAGUUAUAUAAGCAUAAUUAGUGGUUUU